AUGAUCUGUUUUCGAAAGACGGAUCGUUGCUCAUGGCUGCGACUGAAUUGUGCUGGCUCACGUUUGAGUGCUCUGUGGUCAACGCAGAGCAGUUAA